AUGCGCAGAGCAAAGGUCUUUAGUCAUGAGACCAUCAUGCCACGCAUGUCCUGGUCCUCGCGUAACCUCUACAACAUGAUCGCUCGUUCCACCGUUCCUUUCCACGCCUCGCAGACUUCCUUCACCAAAACCUCGUUGACAAUGUAUCAGCAGCGAUGGCGAUCUAAACGCUUCCUGCGUGGCUACCACGGUGACUGGAUUCCAGAAAAGCGCUUCAAGCGUUGGUUCCUUCCCACCGAACUUCCAAGCUUCGUACCACCUCAGCUUUCGGCCUCUUCUGCUUCCGGUGUCUCGUCCGGCUCUUCAACAUCCGGGCCAAGGCGAGGUGGACUCUUCGACGAAGCACUCAAAGCGCGCAGAGCAUCGAAUGCUCCUGCUGCCACUGAGACCGACUCCGCGCCAGGCACAUCCUAUGCAACCGUAACCCAGCAAAAGGUCUUGGAAGAGAUGGAUCAGAUGCCUACCGCUUCGCUGUUCAUGCGUGAUGUCGAGCGCAGACUCGAUGUCGUUGUCUUCCGCUGCUGCUUUGCCCGCUCGGCAUACGAGUCAAGAGCCAUGGUUGUUCAAGGCAAGAUCAAGCUCAAUGGCGUCAAGUGCUCCAACCCCAACCAGCUUUUGCAACCAGGCGAUCUCAUCAGUAUAGAGCCAUCGGCCGUCCCCAUGCUGGGCAAGGAGCUCGCGGCCAAGGCAGCCCAACAAAAGGUCAAUGACGCCGACUCGGAUGAGGCUGAGGCAACAGAAGCUGCUCAGUCCGAGGCUGCAGACGUCAAAGCUUCUGCAGAUGCGUCCGCCAAGACCGAGAAUAAGGAGGGCGAUGCCGCUACUACAAAUGCAGCAACAACAUCAGAGAAGCAAUCGAGUGAGAAGGCAGCCACUUCAGAGAAGCAAUCGAGUGAGGAGGCAGCUACUUCAAAAAACUCAGCAAGCAAGGAUGCACCAAAUGCCUCAUCGAAGGGCAAGGAGAAAGAGAAGACACUCGCACCUGGCGUGUUGCCAUUUACUCUUCCCAACUAUGCAGCACCGUUCCUUUUCAUCCCUCCUUACCUCGAAGUUUCGUUCAUCACCUGCUCCGCCAUCUACAUCCGACAUCCCACCAUCGUCCCUUACAAGACCGUUGGUAACGAUGGUAAAAGUCGAUGGACUUUCCGUACCGAUCUUCCAUCGCCUUACCCCGCCAGUGGGGAGCUCUACUCGAUGGCAUGGGAACACUACACUCGCAACGCUCCACGCACUCGUGCCGACGCACGCCGCAUCAAGCUGGAAGCCAAGGUCGGCAGGAACGGCUUUGAGUCGCAGAGGGCCAAGGAUCAGAACACAAAACGAUCAGCACUAAGGAGAGGAUGGGGCAGGACAAAGCCAGUCCAGGGAUGGAGGCAGCACCUCGCUGCCGCUACGGUCAGGGCCGAAAAGCAGUGCCAGGUAGCCCGCGUCGUUGCUUGA